AUGAGUGAAUAAAUUUUAGAGUAAGUAUUAGAACAAAGAUUAGGAUUUGGAAAGCAUUAUUGGAGAUAAUUCUUUAUCAUAAGUUUCAUUGACUUCCUUGAUGGUGCUGAGUUUCUAUAUUUAGCUUUAUUAACUCCGGCUUUAAAAUAGGAAUGGAAUUUGUCAAUAUUAGAACUUUCAAUUUUUGGAUCGUCAUUUACCUUAGGGUUAACGAUAGGUUCAAUAAUUUGUGGAUUCUUAGCAGAUAAAAUGGGAAGGAAGAGUAUUUUAAUAAUAGCAACAGUUUUUCAAGUAUUUUAUUUUUAUUAUUGGAUACAAUAAAUAAAUCACACAUUUAUACUUAAUAAGAGAUUAUAUAAUUUUGUAUCUCCUAUAUAAAGGCUGCAGUCGUUUUUCUUACAGUAUUUUCUUAAAACAUAAUUUAAAUGAGCCUGCUUAGACUUAUAUAUGGGACUGUAAUAGGUAUGAAUCUUGCGAUUAGUUCAAUAUUAAUGAUUGAAGUUACUCCAAAGCUUCAUAGAGGAAAAAUUAUAGUGGCACUUUAAGUACUUAUAUUGUUGGGAAGAUGUUGGAUAAUGAUAUUAGGAUAUAUUUUUAUGGAAAGUAUUUCUUAAGGUAACUGGAGAGCCAUCUCUUUAUGUAAUUGUAUACCAUGUUUGCUUUGUCUAAUUGGGACAAUUUUUUGGAUUUAAGAAUCUCCAAGAUUUUUGAUUUUAAAUGAAGAAAUUCAAAAAGGAAUAGAUAAUCUAAAUUAUAUUGGAUAAUUUAAUAAUUCAGAAUAUUAGAUGUUAACUGAUGAUGAAAUUUAGAGUAUAAAAGAAUGGGCAUAAAUGUAAAAAUUGCAUCAUUAAUAAUAAUAAUAAUAAUAAAAUAAUUCUAUUAAAUAACUUUUUAAUUAAGAAAAUUUAACAAUUACAUGGAGGAACUAUUUGAUAAAUUUUUUGUUUAUGUUUGCAAUGAUGGCUAUCUUUAAUAUUUUACCAUUUAUUUUGGAUGAUGAAAACAAAUCAUUGUUACAUUUAUAUAUUGUAGAUAUAGGUGAAAUCCCAGCUUUAUUUGUUAUGUUAUAUAGUAUAGAUAAAUUUGGUAGAUUACCUACUUUAUUAUUUUCUACAACUGUGCUCAUUUUAAUCCUUUUUUCUAUUUGGUAUUGGAAAUUGUAUGUAAUCAUUAUUGGACUCACCAUCUUUAAAUUUUGCUGCAAGAUAAAUUGUGGAACAUUAAGUGUUUUAUUUGCUGAAUCAUAUCAUACUUUAUAUAGAUCCUUAGGACUUGGAACAACAAAUGCAAUGGGAGGAUUAGCAGGAUCUCUGGCACCAUUUUUGAUCUUUCCAAUCUAUUUCUAUAAUUAUUAUUUGCCAUUUUUAAUUUGUAGUGUGAUCAGUUUAUUCACACUAGUAUUAUUAAUGUUUUAUCCUAUUGACUUAACCAAAAAGGCAUUAGAUCAGCUAAAACAAAAAUGA